AUGGCGUCUCCACUCUCAUCCUCGCAGACGACGCCUUCGCGCAACCCAGUGCCGUCGACACUCACCAACCUCCGCGCCUUCGUCAACGACCCGCCGCUCCCGCCGCCCGCCCGCAUCCCCGCCCGCGCAUUCGCCAUCGGCUACUCGGCCAACGUCGUCCUGGAUGGUCUGCUCCCGCUUGCGCUGCGCAAGAAGCCGGCGCGCGAAGCUCUGCGUUCGUUCUUCGCGCUCAAGUCGCUGCAGUCUGGAACCGUUUUGGCACUCUUCUCAGCGCUGUAUAAGGUCUUGCUCACACGGCUGACAGCGAUCCGGCUGCACCUGCUCUCCAAAACUCGAGCCGCGGACGAUGUGGACGACAAGCGACUCGUGCGGCUGCUGCAAUCUGUGAGCCUCGUAACGUUCAGCGCGGCCCUCGCAGCAAGCAGUGUGUUGGCCGCCUUCCCGAUCCCCUCAUUGCGUCGGUCGAUGGCUCUCUGGCUAGGCACCAAGGCCAUCGAGAAUCUCUACACCCACCUUCGCUCUAUCAAAUCCCGUACGGUGGCAUGGAUCCCAAACUGGAUCGGUGGCGGCUUCUUCUACGCCCUCUCCAACGGUCAGCUGCUAUGGACGUUCCUCUUCGAACCUUCCUGCUUCCCCACUUCCUACGGGCGGGUCAUCCUUGCACGAAGCACGUCCUACAUCCCUCCUCGACCUGCCGGGUUGCCAACCUCCAUCCCGUGGCCCGCACCACGCGACAUCGCCGACACCAUCGCCACCCUAUCCACGCCCACGUCGACCUCUGCGGCGUAUCCGGGAUUCAAAGCGCCCGUCCUGUCCGGGCUCACCCCUGCCAAAUACCCCACCACACGUCAUGCGCUCAUCAACCCGAUUCUCGACUACGCCCCGGCACAUCCCGCACACACGCGUCUCCUCUGCGCCAUCUUGCACCCAACCGAACCUUCCUGCUCCCGCAACUUCCUCUCGUUCUUCGCACGCGAGUGGCAGGCGUCCGCCAAGUUCGUUGCAGCAUUCACAGCGCUGACGCAACUUCUGUCGUAUAAAAAGGUGUUGAAGGAUCCCGAAACGGCGCUGUUCAGAUUCGCUUUGGCCGUGGUCCAAGGCGCAACGGUGAUUUCGGGAUCGAUUGGUACGGCGUGGGGUCUCACAUGCUUUUUCCAGCAAUACCUGCCACGAACGUUCCUCCCCACGACACGCUACUUCUUGAACGGCUUCCUCAGCAGCGUGUUUAUCUUAGCCGUGCCAAAAGCGAGACGGGCGCAGCUGGGAAGCUACGUGACACGUCAGAGUUUGGAUGCUGCGUGGGGCGUCGGGAAGCGCCGAGGCUGGUGGAACGGCGUCAGGCAGGGCGAAACCGUACUGCUCGCGCUAGGAUUGGCCACCUUGACAAGUCUGUACGAGACCAGACCCGAGGCCGUGGAGAGCAGCGUUAGGAAGAGCAUCGGUUUGCUGGUGGGCAAGAGCGCGAGCGCGGAUCGCGAGAAACAGAUGCAGCUGCAGUGGAAACCACAGGUGCCGGACGAGGAGGAGAAGAAGACCCAAUAG